AAGGCGCAACAGGAGGAAGAGAGAAGGUACGUUUACCGCUUUUUUUUGAGCAUCGUGGAUCGUUUAUCUUGCAUUUGCCUAUCCGUUUAUAUGUCUUGGAACUCUAGUCAAUCGCUCUACAAUCUACCUACAGUGUCUCUAUUGUUGUUUCAUAUAUUUUCCUACAGAUCUGCUGCCGUGCCAAUUUCUCAAACAUCUUCUGGCCGGCAAACAUAGCUGUUUAUCUUUGCUUGCUGUUGAAUCAACGAGGGAAAGCUUCACCUCUCUUGACUAACAACCACACUACAUCAACCUUAGAUCCUCGCGUUUCCAUGUGCCGACUGUAUAUGCGUGCGUAGGCUAAAGGCCAGCCGUCUCUACACAGCACACCCACACCACCAUAUCAACCAACCAUGUCUCACCCAUACCAGCCCGGCCUCCUCACGGCGCAAGAGGCUCGGCGGCUCCCCGACUCCACGCACCGCCUCCUCCAACUCCUCCGAAUCUUCCUCCCCCGCAAAUUCGACUUCGACCUCACGCACCUCCCGACCAUCUUCACGCUCUUCAGCUUCUUCGCCGGCACCCUCGGCCUGAUCAGCCGCUCGAGGGCGUGGCCCUACAAGUGGGCGCAGGAGCUGUUCACAGUCUCGAUCUCGGUCCCGAUGAACGACGAACUGUACCAGCAGGUGCUCGACUGGAUGACGACGAAUGUACUAGAGCGACGGCCAAACCGCCCCCUGACGGCGCAGACGAAGCCGUCGCGGAAGUUCACGGUAGGCGGAGGCGAUCGCGAUGGCGGCCACGACCACGACCACGACCUCCAGCAGAUCAAGAACAAAUUCGCCAUCGACUACCUCUCCGCCUCCGGCCCCGUGUGGUUCAUGCACAACUGGCGGCCCUUCGCGAUCGAGACCCCCACCACCAAAGACGACAGCUUCUACAGCCGGCGCGCGCGCUCCCGCUGGGGCGACUCCUCCGACUGCGCGCGCGACGUCCUCGCCAUCACCACGCUGGGCCGGUCCCAGGCGCCGAUCAAGCGGCUCCUCGAGACCUGCCGCGCGGCGUCGGAGAGGCACGCGCAGCCGACCGUCACGAUCCGCGGCUUCGACCGCGUGAACUACCACUCGUACUCGCACUACGCCUCGUCCGCGUGGGAGAUCAAGGCGCACAAGGUGGUGCGCCAGCUCGACUCGAUCCACCUCGACGCCGGCGUCAAGCGCGGCCUGGUCGCGGACAUAGAGCAGUACCUCGACCCGCGCACGCGCCGCUACUACAACGCGCGCGACAUCCCCUACCGCCGGGGGUACCUCCUGCACGGCCCGCCCGGCACGGGCAAGACGUCGCUGUCGCUCGCGCUCGCGUCGCGCUUCGGCCUCGACCUGUACAUCGUCGACCUUGCCGCCAUACCCAACGACGACGUCCUGGACUUUCUGUUCCGCGAGCUGCCGUCGCCGGCGCUGGUGCUGAUGGAGGACAUCGACGCGGUGGGGCUGAGGAAGAGGGCCGAGUCCAAGAGUAGGAGUAGUAGUAGUGGCGAUAGGACGUCGGCGAAGAAGUCGUGCGCGUGCACGCUGGCGGGGGUGCUGAAUGCGCUGGACGGGGUGGCGUCGAGCGAGGGGCGGGUGCUGCUGAUCACGACGAAUAAACCGGAGAAGCUGGACGAGGCGCUGUUGAGGCCGGGGAGGGUUGAUAGGAAGAUUUAUCUGGGGCAUAUUAAUCAGAGGGGCGCGGCGGAUAUGUUUAGAAGGAUGUUUGAGGAGACGCCGGGGGAGGGUGAGCGUGAGCGUGAUGGUGAAGGCGAAAGUCAGGACGUAGAAAGUGGUAGAGAGAAAGGGGGUAGAGGAAAGGGGGGUACAGAUCUAGUAGCUCUGGGCCUGCAGUUCUCCGCCCAGAUUCCCGAAGAAACAUUCACGCCGGCGCAGAUACAGGAGUACCUCAUCCAGCACCAGGGAUCUGCUACAGAAGCCGUGGAGCAGGCUACGGGUUGGGUGGCGGAGGAGGUGCGCAAGGCAGAGGAGAUUCGGAUGAAGGAGGAGGAGGAGUUGCGGAAGGCGGAGAUGAAGAGGAGGAAGGCCCGCUUGAGUGAUAGUGGUGUGACGGACUUGAGUGACACGACGCGGUCGUCGACUACGUGCAGCGACUAGUGUUACGAUGGGGAUGGAUAGCAAAUACUGACUAGAUUAGGAGAAUUUGCGUACUGUAGACUUGGGUACCUAGUAGGCAAGUAGGCAGUCUUUUGUUAUGGUUGCUUUCAUCACGAUCCAUUGCACUGGGAGGUAGACAAAAGAAUGAUUUUACUACUUGAUUUUAUAGUUAUGAUCUUUGCUUUUGAUUUGGUUUCUUCUUGUAGUCUAUUAUCAUUUCGCCCUUCA